ACCUGUUGCCGCAGGCUGGCCGGGGCUGGCUGGCUGCGGGGACUCAGCCGGUGUGCGGGGUGCAGCUCUCCUUUGUUCAGGUUCAUCAUGAGUGAGAAAUGGGACUCAAACUCUUCAGAAAACUGGCAUUACAUUUGGAGUGUCAAUGACACAAAGUAUCACCUAUACUCAGAUAUCAAUAUUACCUAUGUGAACUACUAUCUUCACCAGCCUCAAGUCGCAGCAGUCUUCAUUAUUUCCUACUUUCUGAUCUUCUUCCUGUGCAUGGUGGGAAAUACAGUGGUUUGCUUUACUGUAAUGAGGAACAGGCAUAUGCACACAGUCACUAAUCUCUUUAUUUUGAACCUGGCAAUUAGUGAUUUACUGGUUGGCAUAUUUUGUAUGCCUGUCACGCUCCUGGACAAUAUUAUAGCAGGAUGGCCCUUUGGAAGCACAAUGUGCAAGAUCAGUGGAUUCAUCCAGGGAAUAUCAGUUGCAGCAUCAGUCUUUACUUUAGUUGCGAUAGCUGUGGAUAGGUUCCGCUGUGUUGUCUACCCUUUUAAGCCAAAGCUCACUAUCAAGACAGCAUUUGUCAUUAUUGUGAUCAUCUGGGUCCUGGCCAUUGCCAUUAUGUCCCCAUCUGCUAUAAUGUUACAUGUACAAGAGGAAAAAUAUUACCAAGUGAGACUCAACUCCCAAAAUAAAACUAUUCCAGUCUACUGGUGCCGGGAAGACUGGCCAAAUCAGGAAAUGAGGAAGAUCUACACCACUGUGCUAUUUGCCAACAUCUACCUGGCUCCCCUGUCCCUCAUUGUCAUCAUGUACGGAAGGAUUGGAAUUUCACUCUUCAAGAUGACAGUGCCCCACACUGGCAAACAGAACCAGGAGCAGUGGCACAUGGUGUCCAAGAAGAAACAGAAGGUAAUUAAGAUGCUCCUGAUCGUGGCCCUGCUUUUUAUUCUCUCCUGGCUGCCUCUGUGGACACUAAUGAUGCUCUCAGACUAUGCUGACCUGUCUCCAAAUGAACUGCGGGUCAUCAACAUCUACAUCUACCCAUUUGCACACUGGCUGGCCUUUUGCAAUAGCAGUGUCAACCCCAUUAUUUAUGGUUUCUUCAAUGAGAAUUUUCACCGAGCGUUCCGAGAUGCUUUUCAGUUUUGCCAAAAAAGAGCAAAGCCCAAGGAAACCUACACUGUAAGAGCUAAAACCAAUGUGAUCAUAAGUACAUCUCAUCAGUUAGCCCCAGGACCUACAAUUCAAAAUUCACAGGAGGAAAAUUUGCUUUGUAGGAAAAGUGCUGAAAAACCCAAGCAAGAAUUAAUGAUGGAAGAAUUAGGGGAAGUCACCCAGAGCAAGGAGACUUUAAAAGAGCUGGUAUGAUGAUUUUCACUAUAUUGUAUUAUAUAUAAAAAUAUUAUUGCUUUCUAUAG